AGGGUUUUAUAAGACUCCUCAGCUACUAAUGAUACAAUACUACUUUCCUCCUCUCUCUCCCUGUUUACAUACAGUGUAUGUAUAGACAGAAGAGUCUGUACUGUAUACAUAUAUGGUCUCUGUUCUCUGCUUCUCCACCACCACUUUCAGAGAAACAACAAAUAAACCCUUGUAAAACCCUAAAAUUUUCUUACUUUUACAGUCUCACCCCCUCCAGUUGUUCUUUUUAUUCUUUUGUGGUUAAAAAUUAAAAUAAUAUAGUACUUAUUAUAAAGACUUUAUCAAGACGGCUGCUCUUUUGAGCAAUAAGCUGCUAGUAAGCAGAGCUGCCAUGGCAUUCUUGGGGUUCUCAGUUCAGUCUUCCCCUUUCAAACCCACCUCUUAUCUUUGGUUUUCCCCUCAUUCCUUCUCCUCUUCUCGCUCCUUUUGGGCUUCUUCUGGUAAAGCCCUCCACAGGAGGGAAGAUUGCAAAACUCAGAGUGUAGAAAAUGCAUCGUCCAGCUUAGCAGUGCUUGGCGAUUCCAUUAAACAAAUAUCAAGUCACGAAAGGAAGUUAUUUUCUAGUGGACUACAACAUAAAAUUGAGGAAGACAGUACUUACGGAUGGAUCGCUGAAACUAAUGCUCUUAAAGCUUCUAAAGCUAAAAGCUCUUAUAAUAGUUACAAAAAGAUUUCAGCAGCAAAUUGCAAUGUUAGUGCCUCUACAAAUCGGAGGGUGAAAGAUGAAUUUUUUGAUGUUCCAACUGAAGUCAAUACGAGAAUGAUGCGUGAACGCAUCACCUCUAGCUAUUCUGCCACAACCUGUAUUUCAGGAGGCAACUUAUCUUCAAAAAGCAAACCACCUUAUAACCCUGCUGGAGGAGAAAAGAAGGUAGUUGGAAACUGGAGAGAGUAUGAAAACCAUUUGCCACAAGUAUCUGUAGGUCUUACCCAUUCAAGAGUCAAUGGAGCUAGGUCAGUAAAUAAGGUUGAUGGUUCUAAUGUAUCUCAUUACAAACCCUUAUCAAAAGGUUCCCAUCUUAAUGGGCAAUUAUCAAGCAAAAUUAUGGAAGCAAAGUUGGAGAAGGUAAAUAAACUAAGGGAGGGUCAUGCAUCUGAUCAACUAAGACACAGUGUGAAUGGGACCGAGACCAAGGUAGUUACUGUCAAAGCAAAAGGUGUUAUCCAGGAGCGUGCUAUGAAUAAAAUGGAGAAGAAUGUAAUUCAAGCCGUGACAGCUGAUGUCAUGAAUGGAGCUGAGGCCAAUGCAAAAGGGGUUAUCCUGGAGCGUGCAACUAAUAAAAUGGAAAAGAAUGCAAUUGAAUCCAUGGCAACUGAUGUCGUGAAUGGAACCAAGACUAGGAUUGUCAAUGAUGAAGGAACAGGUGUAAGUCAGGUUUCCCUCCGUGAGAGGCUGGGUGCAAUGUAUGACAAAGUUCAUAUAGUUGACAAUUUAUCAGCAGCUAAGGAAGUUGUCAGAAAGCUUACAAGUCAGUACAGGCAUCUCGUCCAUGCGUGUGAUACAGAGGUAGCAAAGAUUGAUGUUAAGCAGCAAACACCUGUUGAUCAUGGAGAAAUUAUAUGCUUCAGUAUUUAUUCUGGACCAGAGGCUGAUUUUGGUGAUGGGAAAUCUUGUAUCUGGGUAGAUGUUCUUGAUGGAGAUGGCAAGAACCUCUUAGUUGAAUUUGCUCCAUUUUUCCAAGACCCAUCCAUUAGAAAGGUUUGGCACAAUUAUAGCUUUGACAACCAUGUCAUCGAGAACUAUGGGUUUAAAGUAUCUGGCUUUCACGCUGACACAAUGCACAUGGCACGACUUUGGGAUUCCUCUAGGCGAACUUCAGGUGGUUAUUCACUAGAGGCACUAACAGGUGAUUCCACUGUCAUGCGUGAUGCUAGACCGGUCCAUGCUGAAAGGCUGUUCCAUGGUGAAGGUCUGUUUGGUAAAAUAUCUAUGAAAACGAUCUUUGGUCGGAAAAAGCUGAAGAAAGACGGAACUGAGGGUAAAGUUACUGUCAUUCCUUCUGUUGAAGAGUUGCAAAAAACUGAAAGAGAAUUAUGGAUUUGUUAUUCUGCAUUAGACUCCAUAAGCACAUUGAUGCUUUACGAGAGUUUGAAGAAUAAACUGGCUAAACGGAUCUGGACAUUCGAUGGAGUUCGUAAAGGAUCGAUGUAUGAGUUUUAUGAGAAAUACUGGCGUCCAUUUGGUGAGCUUCUGGUUCAAAUGGAAACUGAGGGUGUGCUGGUUGACCGUGCCUAUCUUGCUGAGAUUGAGAAAGUGGCUAAAGCUGAGCAGCAGGUUGCUGCUAAUAGAUUUCGUAACUGGGCAGCUAAGUACUGUCAUGAUGCAAAGUACAUGAAUGUUGGAAGUGAUACACAGUUGCGUCAGCUGUUUUUUGGUGGCAUCCAGAAUAGAAAGAAUUCUGAUGAGAGUCUACCAUAUGAGAAAGAAUUCAAAGUUCCAAAUAUCGAUAAAGUAACUGAAGAAGGAAAGAAGGCUCCCACCAAAUUUCGUAAAAUCCGACUACAUAGAAUUUGUGAUCUUAUCGACACUGAGAUGUACACUGCCAGUGGCUGGCCUUCUGUUAGUGGGGAUGCUUUGAAGGCUCUCUCUGGCAAAGUUUCUGCGGACUUUGAUAUUCUUGAUGAAGCGGAUGACAAUGCUGAGGAAGAUCCUGAAACAAGCAUUGAUGAAGCUUUAGCUACAAAUAAUGAAGUUCCCAGUCAAGAACCAGAAGUUUCUAUUUAUGGAUCAGCGUACAACGCCUUUGGAGGUGGGCAGAAAGGAAUUGAGGCCUGCCAUGCCAUUGCAGCAUUAUGUGAAAUGUGCUCCAUAGGCUCUUUAAUAUCCAACUUUAUACUCCCAUUGCAAGGCCAAGAUGUAUCGGGUGAGAAUGGACGAAUUCAUUGUUCCCUGAAUAUUAACACUGAAACCGGGCGCCUGUCUGCGAGGAGACCAAAUUUACAGAACCAGCCUGCUCUGGAGAAAGAUAGGUACAAAAUUCGUCAAGCUUUUGUAGCUGCACAAGGGAAUUCCUUGAUUGUGGCCGACUAUGGGCAGCUGGAACUUAGGAUUCUUGCACAUCUUGCCAACUGUAAGAGCAUGUUGGAUGCUUUCAAAGCUGGUGGAGACUUUCAUUCAAGGACUGCUAUGAACAUGUAUACUCACAUCCGUGAAGCCGUUGAAAAUGGUCAGGUACUUCUUGAGUGGCAUCCUCAACCAGGUGAAGAAAAACCUCCGGUUCCUCUUCUAAAGGAUGCUUUUGGCUCUGAAAGAAGGAAGGCAAAGAU